GAUGAUAAAAGAAAGAAGAUGCAGUUGCCACGUCUCUGACCUUACUCUGAUUAAUUUUAAUCACGUCUGAAUAUACGCGUGACCUCCACGUCAUCCCCAUGAUGCCACGUUGGCACGGAGCUCCGUGGCUGAAAUUGUUCAGUCUUGUUCAUGUUUCACCAUGAACAACCAUAAUUGCUUUCUCACCCCUCUCCAGCAGAAAUUCAUGCAAAUUCUAUCCGACUAUGAAAGAGAUCCUAAAUCGAUCCAAAUUCAUGAGGAAUCCGACCAAAUGGAUGUAGUGAUCUCUUAUUUCAAGCUGCUCCUAGCUGAAAAGUCCCGUCUUCUCCAAUAUGGUCAGGCUAACUUCUCAGUGCAUCUCAUCGAUGAAGAGAUCGGCCGACUCUUCAUGGCUCCAAUCUCAAUGGCUGACAUUGGAAUUCUUGAAGAAUGUGGACGAGAAGCACUUCGGUUUACUGAUCUUGGCGCUAUGUUCUCUGAUUCUGAUGAUUCGAUGCAUUCGGAUGAAGAUGAGGUCACUUUGACUGAAAGUAUUAGGAUUCCAGUCGAGACUUACCCCACUUACAAUUUUAUUGGCCGCAUCAUUGGUCCUCGUGGAACGACAGCGAAGCAGCUUGAGAAAGAUACCGGAUGCCGAAUCAUGAUCCGCGGAAAUCAUUCGAAUAAGAUGUACGGAAAUGCAUUGCACAAAACUCAUGGAGAUGGAAGCCAAGAUGCAAUUGAUUUGCCACUUCGCGUCAUUGUCGAGACAAGCGGACCACGUCGUGAGGCAACUGCUCGGAUCACUGCAGCUCUGGAAACAGUCCAAGUUCUUUUGGUUCCUCCUCCAGAUGGGCGUGAUGAGCUGAAGCGUAGACAACUCGUCGAGCUUGCAAUCAUGAACGGUACAUACCGACCAUCUUGCUCGAGAAUUGAUCAUAACUAAUCUUCACUAUGUCCCCCCUUGUUCACCACUUCGCCUUGUUUUCCAUGUUUUAUACUAUAAGUUUUACCUAUAUUCUCCCCCUUCCCGGUGCUCAUCAUUAUCUUUGUUUCCAUGUUCCCAUUGUGAAAUGGAAUAAAACCCACUGUUUUUG